AACAUGAUGUGUAAUGGCGCCAAACAGGAUGCUUCUGUUUUGAUCCACCAUGCUCCGCGACCGGAACGACUGACAACCCGUCGGUGUGCUGUUAUUCCCUCCAUACCUGCUGCUCAGACCGCCACCUUCCAGUGUGGAGGGAUGGAGGGUCGGUUUGUUAACGUGUACCUCCCUGGUGCAGCUAAAGUUCUGACUCUGUGUGAGGUGGAAGUAUAUGGAGAGCUGGUCUCACCCUUACUCAGUGGGGUGGUGCUGGGUAGGAACAUCAUGGUGGUGGGGAAGAGGCUGUGCUGGUCGGAUGCACUGUUCUUCUGCAGAGACUUCUUCUGGGACCUGCUGAGCCUCCGCAGUCAGGAGGAACAGAUGGAGCUGGAGCAGGUGCUGAGUAACGUCUCCUUCCCCCUCACCAAACACCUGUGGCUGGGACUGCGCAGGUCCCUGAUGGGUGAGGAGUGGUUCUGGAUGUCUGGUGAUUUCAUGAACUACAACCGACUGGACACAUCAUCCGUCUGGCAGAACACCAGUCCCUGUGGUGGAGUGGACAGCAGCAGUCCCUCCCUGUGGACAGAUCUUCCAUGUGACGAGCAUCUGUACUUCAUCUGUUUGACAGAUCCUCAGACAGAUGUGAACAGAGUGUACUUCUCCAGUACCAGAAAGGUGCCGUGAAGACGAGCUAAAGUCUCCCAGAGUUUAUUUAGCUUCAGCAGCCAAUGUGUGUGUCUGAUCUUAGAUCAUUUGCUGUGGAAUUAUUGGCAACUUUAGGCUGUAACAACAUAUAUAAAACAUAUAUCACCUACUUUCCACUAUUUAACUAGGAUUCAUUUAACCAAAGGAAAUGUGUGGGACUGAUUAUGAAGAUUAUGUUUUUCUGUGAGACAUGGGAUUUACAAUUGUAUAUUAAUGACAAGAUGAAGCUGAAACCAGCUGAACUGAUUCUGGACAUUUCUUAACCUUUGUGUGUCCUUUACAUCUUUUUAAUUUAUAAUUCUUUGAUCAUUUUGACUGAUGUUUUAAUCAUUAUUAUUGUUUUUAUUUUACAGUUCAAACCUCAGCUUCUAUAAUAUGUCCACAAUACACUGUGAAAACUAAUCAGUUACACUUAAGUUUUUGAUCACGACAUAAAAUCAUACAUUCUACUUUA